GGCUGCCAGUCUGCCUUCGGUACUUGCGGCGGCACUCCUACCGCAAGCCCAACUUCCACCCCCACUGGCACACCGCCAUCAACCGAUGGGAGCUGCAGUGGCAGUGCCGGGACGACUUGUGCCGGCGCUGGGUUUGGUUCAUGCUGUUCUCAGUACGGCUACUGGCGGCGACAACGUUUCCACUGACGGAAACUGCGGAGCUAAUGGGAAGACCUGUUUGAACUCCGCCUUCGGGAACUGCUGCUCGGAGCACGGCUGGUGCGGUGCCACCACCGACCACUGCGGCACCGGUUGCCAAUCUGGCUUCGGCAACUGCGGCUCUAGUGUAAGUAACCCAGUUCCUUCAACCACCCCUGGAGAUAAGCCGGGUACCACGAACGGGUCCUGCGGCCCGUCUGUCGGUACGACCUGCGCCAACACGCCAUGGGGUCUCUGCUGCGGUCGCGAUAGCCAAUGCACCAACAGCAUCUUGCGGUGUACGAUCGGCUGCCAGAAGGGUUACGGAACCUGCUACUCGUAAAGAGGAAAUGACACACAAGAUUUAAUGGGUAUAUGUAAUGGAGGAUCUCAAGAUUAGCGGGCAGCGAACGAUAUUGGUGCUUCCGAUUGUAAAACCCAGCAGCGACUCCUAUGGCGACCGACCCCCUUCGCGGAAUUUCCGCGACAGACCUUAGGUCGCUAUUAAUGUUUAUUUCCACAAGUAAA